GCUUUAGAGGGAAUCCUGCAGCCUGCAGGUUAUUCCGAGCUUGUCGAUCCUGAAAUGUUAAAAGUUUGCCAAAUGUGCUCAAUAUUUUCUCUUGCAGCUGCCAAGCCUUGCUGCAUAAAAUCAAACAAUGUUAGUAAAUUCUUGCAUCCAAGAUUCAUAGUUACAAGAGCAAGAGCUCAAGUGAUUACAGCUCCAAAUAAACCAUCAGGCAUCACUAGUACUACUGCUUCUCCUCAGUUACUAAAACAAGGCAUUCCUCAUUCUGAUCUUCAUAUACUCGAAAUUGUUGAGAGACAAUCUCAGGCUUCUACCUGCUUAGCACAUCAAGACACCUGCAGAAAGCCAGAAUUUCAUCCUUCGUUUCUCGAAGAAGCCUAUGAGAGGUGCAGAAACAUUUGCGCUGAAUACGCCAAAACUUUCUAUCUAGGAACUUUGCUAAUGACAGAGGAGCGACAGAAAGCCAUAUGGGCAAUUUAUGUCUGGUGUAGGAGAACAGAUGAUCUGGUGGAUGGCCCUAAUGCAGUCCACAUGAGCUCUGCUGUUCUAGACAGGUGGGAAGAGAGACUUGAAGACAUCUUUGAAGGACGACCCUAUGACAUGCUUGAUGCUGCUCUUACAGAUACUGUUUUCAAGUUCCCUCUGGACAUUAAGCCCUUCAGAGACAUGAUUGAAGGUAUGAGAAUGGAUAUGAGGAAAUGUCGAUAUGAGAAUUUUCAACAACUCUAUCUUUACUGUUACUAUGUUGCUGGAACUGUUGGUCUAAUGACUGUUCCAGUAAUGGGAAUAGCACCAGAAUCUUGUGUUUCUGCUCAAACUAUCUAUAAUGGAGCACUCUACUUAGGCAUUGGAAAUCAGCUCACUAACAUCCUCAGAGAUGUAGGAGAAGAUGCUUUGAGGGGAAGAGUAUAUCUUCCACAAGAUGAGCUUGCAGAGUUUGGGCUAUGUGAUAAGGACGUUUUUGCAAGAAAAGUGAGCGACAGAUGGAGAGAGUUCAUGAAAGAGCAGAUUACAAGAGCAAGAUACUACUUCAAUCUUGCAGAAGAGGGAGCCUAUCACCUAGACAAGGCUAGCCGUUGGCCGGUAUGGUCAUGCUUAAUGUUGUACAGAAAAAUCUUAGAUGCAAUUGAGGAUAAUGAUUAUGACAACUUGACAAAGAGGGCUUUUGUUGGAAGGACUAAGAAGCUUCUCACCUUGCCCCUAGCAUACGCUAAAGCUCAAACACCACCUAGCUUGAUCCACCAAUAACAUCUCUUUGUGGAGGAUUGAACAAGUAUAUACUCAGCUAUUGAAAUACAAACUUCAUGCGUGGAUGUUUGUGAAUUUGAUUAUUAUUAGCAUUUGAGAUUUGUGGCCUAUUAGAAUGUAAAUUGCAUACACAUUUCAUCCAUUGUGCGAAUUAAAUCCUUAGAUUCUGCUUAA